GGGAGGUGCCGUCAUUUGGAUAGUUUGUAAUUAGUUGUCUCCUUCUUCAGAGACCCUGAAACAGGACCUCAGGAUAAGAAGAGGUAGUUUAGCUGCUGACUUGCGUGUCUUCUCAUUGCCUUUUUUUUUUGUGACCCAAAUUCCUCAGCCUUCAUCUUCACUUCAACAGACUUUUAGUUCGGAAGAAAGAGGUCGCCUAUGUGACUUGAAUAUGUGAUUUUUUUUAAAGAUGCGUUAGUCUUUAUUUUACAUCUGUGAAUCCUGGGAGCUGCAGCUACACACUGGAGCAGAACAAAGACAUCCUAAACCCUUUUCAGCUGCUACGCUUGUCCUGAGAAGUUUAACAGAUUCAUGGAGAAGACACUGACAAUAGGUCUGACUCUAUUCUUAACGCUCUGUGUGGACAUAGCAGAAGCUGGAGGACGGAAAGAGGGGGCCCAUGGCGAGAACACUCAGAAGCAUUCAUCACGAUCCUCAGAUACUAAAGGAGGUCGUUGCUCCUACACCUUCAUUGUUCCACAGCAAAAACUGACCGGCGCGCUGUGUUUGAACACGCAGUCUGCUUCUGCCAACCACUCGGAGGUGGCAGCGCUGCGGGUGGAGCUCACACGGCAGCAGGAACAGCUGGAGAAGCUUCGGAGCCAACUGGAGCAGGAGGGGUCCCUUGCCAUGGAAGUAAGAGCCCUGCGCAAAGAGAGCAGCAACAUGAAUUCUCGCAUUGCCCAGCUCUAUGCCCAGCUGCUGCAUGAAGUCAUACACAAGAAAGACCAGGCUGUGGAGCAGCGAAGGGUGGAGAACCUCCUGCUAAAUGCUACAACACAGGCGCUGCAGGUUUCCAGUAACUACAGGGAGCUGGAGAAGAAAUAUGGAGCCCUCACCUCCAUGAUGAGCUCCCAGAACCAGUUUAUUGCUCGCCUGGAGAAGCAGUGCCAGUGCAGGGACUCAACCCAGGCCUCUCUGGUGGCGACUGCACCACCAAAAAGCCAGUCUAAUGUGCAUCCUAAUUACAGCUCUGAAGCCAACGAAAUGACCAACGAUGUUCAAAGGGACCAAAGUGCUUCUCCACCAAAGCAGGAAAAAACAGUUGCGUCAAUCCCCACCACGACAGCCAACACUCCUACAGACCCUCCCUUCAUUAGUUUCCCUGUCACAAAGACUCCAGGGCCGUGGCGGGACUGCCAGCAUGUGCUGGAAUCAGGUGAGACCACCAGUGGGAUCUACCUGCUCCGCCCGCAGAGUGCCAACCGCCUCCUGCAGGCCUGGUGUGAGCAGAGUCAGGCUCAGGGAGGGUGGACGAUCAUCCAGAGGAGGCAGGAUGGGUCGGUUAACUUCUUCAGGACGUGGGAGCAGUAUAAGCAAGGCUUCGGGAACCUAGAUGGAGAGUAUUGGCUCGGCCUGGAACACCUCUACUGGAUUACUAAACAGGCCCAAUAUAAGCUACGGGUGGCUCUGGAGGACUGGCAGGGCCGGCAGGUGUUUGCCGAGUAUGACAGCUUCCAUUUGGAACCGGAGAGUGACUGGUACCGACUGCGGUUAGGACAAUACCAUGGCAAUGCAGGGGACUCUCUGUCGUGGCACAACAACAAGGCCUUCACCACUCUGGAUCGAGACAAGGACAGCUAUACAGGUAACUGUGCUCAUUAUCAAAAAGGAGGCUGGUGGUACCACAUGUGUGCCCACUCCAACCUGAACGGUGUCUGGUAUCGGGGUGGACACUAUCGCAGCCGCUAUCAGGAUGGGGUCUACUGGGCAGAGUUCCACGGAGGGUCCUACUCUCUAAAACAAGUUUCCAUGAUGAUCAAACCCACAUAACUAAUUGCAUUGUGGACAUGUGAGAAAGAAAUGUAAUGACGAACUGAUGUAGACAUAUGUAGAAGGCCUUAAGUAAUAUGUUUCAGUGUUAAUCCUGUACACCCUGUGCCUGUUUAAUAAAAACUAAACUGUCUAUACUUGUUGAUUAGAGGCCAGUCAAUGACUUUUGUAUUGUUUGUUAGUAAAUCACUGGACAGUGACUAAUGUACUGAGUUGCCAUGUCUGUCCUCUGUCUUGCAAUUUCUUGACAAAAUUUGAUAUUUU